GGUAACAGAUUAAAUAUUGCAUGUAGUAUAUAUCAAGUUGUGCGGUAUACUUUUAUAUACAUAUUAGCCUUCAGUAAAUAAAUUGUGAAAAGUUAAUGCUGUUUGCUAUUAUCUAUAACGGAUUAUUCGCGGCGUCCACAGAGGAAUAAAAUAGAGACUCAUUAGAGAUUUAAUAGAUCUAGUCGACCAGUGAUGCCGUACACAAACAAAAAAUGGAUGUAGGAUUUGCGACAUUUUUAAUAUGUCUUCUUUAUGGAGUAAUUUUAUUGUUAAUGUUUCUGUGUUUUAAGUGUGUGAAGAAGUUACAUGAGAAGGAUGAUUAUAAAUAUAACAGACCUACCAUUGCCACUAACCAGCAACAACCGCAGAGCAACCAAAGCAGUCAAGGGUACUACCCGAGGACUACCUAUUAUAAUUAUGGACCAAGUCAUCAUCGAGGGGGAUACCACCAUCCGGAAGUAACAUACCAUUCAUCAACUACUAACGUCAAUAUUAACUCUCCAGAUCCCAAUUUUCCUGCUUUAUACACACCGCCACCGGAACUCUUAUCUUCCUUAGAUAAUGCAUCAAGAAAUAACGAUGUUAACCGGCCAGAGCCCUCACUAUAUCCUUGGCCACCCGGUUUUAUCAGUUCAUACGUUCCGGGGCAGGUUGUUCCGCCUUUUCCUCCUCCAGCUUACGGUGAAGACGCAAGCAAUAACCGCGAGUGCCCUCCAUCAGGAAUAGACUCAUCAACAGCGGUAGUGGAAUGCUACGAGUUUUCGACAUCGUGUUCAUAUCGAGAUAAUGAUAGAUAUGAUAGUGGUACCCGUAACAAUGACGAUAAUUGCUAUACUACUACGGAUUCUUGCAUUCCUUCGUCAACAGUUGACUAUUCGGAUAACCAGGAUAGUUGUCAGGCGGAUAAUUCUUGUGAUUACUCGUGUUGUGAUGAUUAAUUUAUGUUUUAGCUUAAAUAAGAAAAUAUUUUGCAAUAUGCUGGUUUAUGUGCGGAAUUGCUGAAAAUAAUUAAAGAAAAUCCAUAUUUUCACGGCUUUUAAAAUAUGAUAGACGUAAUUUUAAAAAAUUGCUUAUAUUUCUUUGUUUUUCUGAAUAUAUCUUUGCUAUUUCAGCCUCUAAAUAUUCAAUAAAAUAUUUUAUUUAUUUGUUUUUAUGUAAUAUGUAGAUAAAGUUUUUUACACUUAAAAUGUAUUUUUCUGUAAUAAAAGGUUUUUUUAUUGUCA